GUUGCGUGGAGCACAAGGUUGUUGAAUAAAGAGACGAAAGCUGUUAUCGAAAAAGAAAAAAAAAGAGACGAAAGCUGUUAAAAAGGGCACAGGCAGACAGACGGCGACAUAAUUGACGAAGAAAAAACACAAGGAGAACGAGAAGGAGAAGGAGAAGGAUCAGCAUGGCAACCUUCGAAGAGGCUCCUCCUGGCAAUGAAAAGUCUGGAGAGAAAAUUUUCAAGACUAAAUGUGCACAGUGUCAUACUGUAGAUAAGGGUGCUGGCCACAAACAAGGGCCAAAUCUUAAUGGGUUGUUUGGAAGACAAUCUGGAACAACUGCUGGCUAUUCAUAUUCUGCUGCUAACAAGUCAAAGGCUGUGAUAUGGGGAGAAGACACCCUUUAUGAGUAUCUCCUCAAUCCGAAAAAGUACAUUCCUGGAACUAAGAUGGUGUUUCCUGGUUUGAAGAAGCCACAAGAUCGUGUUGAUCUGAUUGCUUACCUCAAGCAGUCCACAUCCUAGUUUAGUUAGUCCUUGUAUCUUUUCAAAACAUGCUCAUUGAGGGCAUUAUUCAUAGUUAAUUGUUUCCACCAAUUCAUUCGGGAGAUUAGGUUAAUGUUGGACAGAACUCUGCCCCAUUGUUGAGGUGAUAACUUCUUUUAAUAAAAUGGUUCAUAAGUGCCCAAAAUGGGUUCUCUUUUGUAACACUGAAUUUAUGUUAUAAGAUGACAGUAUCGAGCAAUGCAAAUUUUCAUGAUUAGAAAA